UUCAAUUUACUUUCCAUCAAAAUUGUGUUGCGAGUACGAAAAGUCUUACAAAUGUUGUUUAUUACUUUUAAAUAUAUAAUGGAAGGAUAAAUCAUGAAUUAUAAGUUGUUUAUUAACAUUUAAUUAGUACAUUACAACUUUAAAAUUACCCGUCAGCAUUUAUAUUAGUAAAAAUUUGUAAUACAAUUUUGCAAUAAGAUGGAUGAGACAGUGGUUUUAGUUUUGCUUGUUUUGGUGAUGUUGAUUGGUUCCUAUGUUGCUGGCAGUAUUCCACUUAAUGUUAGCAUGUCUGAGGACAAGCUACAGAAAGUGACAGUUUUUGGGGCCGGCCUACUAGUUGGUACUGCACUAGCAGUUAUAAUUCCCGAGGGAGUGAGGGCACUGUUCUCUGAACAAGUGGCACUUGUCACUAAAGAUUACACACCAGAGCCAGCCACACAUAGUGAUUUGCAUUCCGUUAUUGGCAUAUCUUUAGUACUAGGUUUUGUUUUUAUGCUGUUAGUAGACCAAUUGUCAUCAAGAUAUAAUGACACCACAAAUCCUACUGAGAAGAAUAUUACAGCAACAGUUGGUUUAGUUGUCCAUGCCGCUGCUGACGGCAUAGCGCUAGGCGCUGCGGCGACCACGUCUCAUGCUGAUGUAGAACUAAUUGUGUUCCUGGCUAUCAUGCUGCACAAGGCUCCAGCUGCCUUUGGACUGGUUACGUUCCUCAUGCACGCAGGAUUAGACAGGAAUCGGAUACGCAAGCACUUGCUGAUAUUUUCUUGCGCGGCGCCGCUGCUGGCAUUGCUCACGUAUUUUGGUAUCGGCAACGAGAGCAAGCAGACGUUGAAUGAUUUUAAUGCUACAGGUAUAGCGAUGUUAUUCUCAGCGGGGACGUUCUUGUACGUGGCGACAGUGCACGUGCUGCCGGAACUGACGCAGCACACGCACGCGCACACACACACGCUGCUGCCGAUGCAAGAUGGCGUCCCCGCCAAGUUGGGCUACGGCGGCCUGCAGCUGUGCGAGGUGCUCAUACUGGCGGUCGGCGCCAUGCUGCCGGUUGUGCUCACGAUGGGACAUGAACAUUAACGCACAGGUAAUAAAGACGAAAUUUCAAUAAUAGGCGAUGGAAGUUUUGUUUUAGCGACAUCUAUGGAAAUUUUUAGGACUUAAUCUGAUAUAUGUGGUAUAUGUCUAUUUUGCUUAUUAUGAUGACAAUUUAAUUUGUUUUUUAUUUAACGUAUUUAUUUGU